AUGGCAAAGUCAAAAAAUCAUACAAAUCAUAAUCAAAAUAGGAAAGCUCACAAAAAUGGAAUAAAGAAGCCUAAGAAGCACAAAUUUAUGUCACGUAAAGGGUUGGACCCCAAGUUCUUUAAAAACCAGAGAUAUUGUUUAAAAGGAAUUUUAAAGAAAAAAAAAGAAUUAAAAUUAAAGCAAAAACAGGAAAAGAAAAAUUAG